AAUGGGCGGCGAGAAGGAAACCUUUGAUACGUCCGACCUCAACGCCUCCCUCCCCGCGGCCGCUGCAGCCCUCAGCGCCGAGGACCGCGCCGGCCUCGUCAAUGCCCUUAAGGAUAAGCUGCAGAGCCUGGCGGGCCAGCACGCCGAUGUGUUAGAGACGCUGUCGCCCAAUGUUAGGAAGCGGGUUGAGUUUUUGAGAGAGAUCCAGAGUCAACACGAUGAAAUUGAGGCCAAGUUUUUUGAAGAACGAGCUGCCCUUGAGGCAAAGUACCAGAAGCUUUAUGAACCUUUAUACACAAAGAGGUAUGGAAUUGUAAAUGGAGAAGUGGAGGUAGAUGGUGUUUGUGAUGAACCGGCCAGUGAGAAUACUGUUGAGGGAAAAGAACCAGACGCUAAAGGAGUUCCAGACUUUUGGCUUACUGCCAUGAAAACAAACGAGGUUUUGUCUGAGGAGAUACAAGAGCGCGAUGAAGCCGCUUUGAAAUAUCUAAAAGAUAUCAAGUGGUCUAGAAUCGAGGAUCCUAAGGGUUUCAAGCUGGAUUUUUUCUUUGAUACAAACCCAUUCUUCAAGAAUUCUGUCCUGACAAAAACGUACCACAUGGUUGAUGAAGAUGACCCAAUUUUGGAGAAAGCUAUUGGAACUGAAAUCGAGUGGUAUCCUGGGAAAAACCUAACACAGAAGAUUCUAAAAAAGAAACCUAAAAAAGGUUCAAAGAAUACGAAGCCUAUCACUAAAACCGAGGACUGUGAGAGUUUCUUCAACUUUUUCAAUCCCCCGCAGGUCCCUGAAGAUGAUGAUGACAUCGAUGAAGACACUGCUGAUGAGCUGCAGAGUCAAAUGGAGCAUGAUUAUGACAUUGGGACCACCAUAAGGGAUAAGAUUAUCCCUCACGCAGUUUCCUGGUUUACUGGUGAGGCUGUGCAAGGUGAGGAUUUUGGUGAGUUGGGCGAUGAUGAUGAAGAUGAUGAUGAUGAAGACGAUGACGAAGAUGAUGAGGAUGAAGAAGAGGAUGAUGAUGAGGAAGAGGAUGAUGAGGAAGAAAGCAAGCCAGCAAGGAAGUCAGGAUCUGGUCGCAGACAUAAGGCGCCACAGAAGGUGUCGCAGGGAAAUGCGGAACAACCAGCGGAGUGCAAGCAGCAGUAGAAUGGCCUGUUGAUGUUGGUUGAUGCAGUAUUUUCCAUUGAGCUGCCUAGAGGUUAUGUGUGCGCAGGCCAGAUGUUGGUGUUGAUAUCUCAAGUGUGGUUUUUAUUAGUAGGCGGUGAGGGUGUUGUCUGGAGCACUUUGGUGCUGCGUUGGUGGAUGGAUAUUGGUUUGCAACUUGUCUGC